AUGCCGCCGAAGCAUAAGUCCCCUGCCUCUAAGGCGUACUCAAAAGCCCGGCCGGGCAAGCGCGAGAGAGCUCGGCUUAGAGGUGCAGCUCCUAAGAUGCGAGCGCCGCCUGCUGGUGUGAACCCCCCGCCCCCUAGGCGGAGAAGGGUGGAACCACAGGAUGAGCAAGCCCCUGAGCCUGGGCCACAACACGUGCAACCCCCUGAGCCCUUGGUGGAUAACCAGGCUCAGGGGAUGAGGAAUCCUGGAGUCGUGCGUCGGGAAAAUCCUCAGCUUGAGCAGUACAAUCCUGUGCACCGCCCCCCAGCCGUGGUGGCAAACCAGGCUGAGAGGGAUGAAGCUCCUGGAAUUGUCCUUCGGGAGAAUCCCCAUGCACCUGGGGCUGGUCCGGUUUUGGGUGCCCCAGACCAGGACAGCUGCUCUGAAGAAAGCGAGGAGGAGCCAAUGGUGCCUGAUCCCAUUGUGCAUCCGGAGCCUUCCCCAGCACCGCCAGCUGCGCCUAUGCUGCCCGCCCCGUUGAACUUUGAUGGUAUGGAUCAGGAAGCGGGCGCAGCCUUUGCUAUUGCUGAGAGGGCUCGCAAUACCAAGCCAGGAUUGGUGGCUUUCAAAUCCGAUCUGGGCUAUGCUGGUGUCUUCCAGGCCCUCCCCAAGGACCUGAUCCACGUGUGGUUCAAUGACACGGGGGACAGCACUGCGGAGUAUAUCCACAAUGGAAGAACCAGGUUCGGAUAUGAUGUUGGCGGUGGCUACGUCUUGAAGGUUGGGACGAAGCAGGCGUUUGGGGAUGAGGUGGCGAUUUCGGCCUUGCUUCCUAAGGUGGCAGCCACCAUCAUUGGGGCUGGAUCAACGACACUGCAGGUGCUGCUCUCUGGGCGACCAUGGGAGUUCAGGUCCCAUUUGGUGGCUUGGUCGAUGGUGGAAAAAGUCGAGCUCCUCACGGAUUUUGGUUCUAGGAACCAGAUCCACCCUCAGUGGUCCUUGUAUGCCUUCGCCCUCCUUUUGCAAUUGAGCCGUCAUUUUGCUCUUCGUGAUGUGUCAAAAACCAACCUGGGCAUUAAACCAGGACUCAGUGCUGCGACGCCCAUGUUGUGCUUUUUCGAUCUCGCGGAUUGGCACUUCGAAGGGCUCAAUGCUGGAAGUUGGUUUCCCAAGUAUAGCUUGCGCAGCUUCAUCGAGACCCUUCGAUGUGUCUGUGACGUCACGCCGUUGGAGCCGUAUCUCUGCAGGCAGGCGGUGGUCCCUUGCCUCAACGAUAUCAUUGCGGUUCUCCCCGAUGCGCUCAAGGCAAACUUGGAAAUCCAAAUGGUCCUCAUGAACGGCCGACUUUCUGAUUGGGCUCACCUUGCUGCACUGGCCCACCAAUAG